GACAACACAUUGCAGAAACGACGACACACCGGCAGCUAUCACAUGAAGUGGUAGACAAACCGCCCUCUUCGGAGAAAGACGCCCAUCGCAACAUUCGGCCGCUAUGGCCAGCAGGCCGCCCGGUGGACCGUCUCAUAGCGAGAACCUGAUCGACUUCGACGACCAUCAACCCACAUAUUACUCGGGUGCACCGCCACCCGCCAAUGACCAUGACCUCCUCCACCGGUACGACAUAGACAGCUCCGAUGCAGCGCCGCAAGGUCGGCCCUCGGUUUCGUACGAUGACUUUGUCGGGGGUGGGAGGGCGACGGCAGGCCUGCCGGGCGGGCCUGGCGCACCCACGGGUGACUCGCCCUAUCUGGGAGGAGCAAACAACAGCAGAGCCUACUCGCAAACCUCGGACCUGCACAACUACCAGCGGUACUCGGAUGCAGACAUACCGGCAGACGACGAUGCUUCAGCACAGGGCUACUACGCUGCGGGAGGAGCGUAUGACCAGCCUUCACCAGGCAUACAGCGCGGGGCAUCCAAAAAGGCGCACAACAGGAAUAGUAUCCUGAGUCUUGGAGGUGGCCUGACUGGAAAAGUCAAGAACAUGUUCGGGAAGGGCAACGAGUAUUCCGAGAUGGAUCUGCCAUUGACCGAGAACGCAGCACACCAACGGCAGCCCAGCGCGAAUACGACCGCAAGCGCACGCGACGAUGGCCAGUCCUCCAAAACGAAAAAGGGCAUGGGUUCAUUCAAGUUUGGCUUCGGCAGGGGCGCGCCAGAUCCCUCAACGUUGGGGCCAAGAAUCAUCCACCUGAACAACCCGCCCGCGAAUGCCGCCAACAAAUACGUCGACAACCACAUCUCAACCUCGAAAUACAACAUCGCCACCUUCCUUCCCAAGUUCCUCUACGAACAGUUCUCCAAAUACGCCAAUCUCUUCUUCUUGUUCACGGCCAUUCUACAACAGAUCCCCGGUAUCUCCCCCACCUCGCGAUACACUACCAUUGUACCGCUUGGUAUAGUCUUGCUGGUCUCGGCCGUCAAGGAGUACAUUGAGGACUACCGGCGGAAACAAUCUGACUCUGACCUCAACAACUCAAAAGCCCAAGUUCUCAAAGGCUCUACCUUUGCAGAUACAAAAUGGGUUAAUGUGGCAGUUGGCGACAUCGUACGCGUUGAAUCCGAACAAUCCUUCCCCACCGAUUUGGUCCUGCUUGCUUCGUCCGAGCCCGAGGGUUUAUGCUACAUUGAGACGGCCAACUUGGACGGAGAGACAAAUCUGAAGAUCAAGCAAGCGAUACCCGAGACAGCUGACUUUGUCAGUCCUGCUGAGCUGGCACGACUAGGAGGCCGUAUACGGUCAGAACAGCCUAACAGCAGUCUAUACACCUAUGAAGCAACUUUGACCAUGGCAGCUGGUGGUGGGGAAAGGGAACUACCACUAGCACCCGAUCAGCUGCUGUUGCGUGGAGCGACACUGCGAAACACACCUUGGAUACACGGUGUCGUGGUAUUUACCGGACACGAAACGAAGCUGAUGAGAAAUGCCACGGCUACGCCUAUCAAGACUACUGCAGUGGAGAGACUGGUCAACAAGCAGAUUCUCAUGCUUGUAGUCAUUCUCAUAGCGCUAAGCAUCAUCAGCUCUAUAGGCGAUGUGAUUAUACAGUCCAAGGAGAGAGACAGCCUCGAGUAUCUCAGACUUGAUGCUUUCAACGGCGCCAAACAAUUCUUCCGCGACCUCCUAACAUAUUGGGUACUAUACUCCAACUUGGUUCCCAUCUCGCUUUUCGUAACGAUUGAAAUCGUCAAAUACUACACUGGUAGUCUCAUCGACUCUGAUCUCGAUAUUUACUAUGAACCGACAGAUACACCGGCAAAAUGCCGAACUUCGUCUUUGGUCGAGGAACUAGGUCAGAUUGAAUACAUCUUCUCGGACAAAACAGGUACUCUGACAUGCAACAUGAUGGAGUUCAAGCAGUCUACGAUUGCCGGCAUUCAAUAUGCCGAUGAGGUCCCCGAGGACAGACGUGCGACCUUUGAAGACGGUGUUGAGGUCGGAAUCCAUGACUUCAAGCAACUUGAGCACAAUCGCAAAACGCACCACAACAAGUACAUUAUUGACCAGUUCCUUACUCUACUCGCAACUUGCCAUACAGUCAUCCCCGAAAGAAAGGGCGAAAAGGCCGCCAUCAAGUACCAAGCUGCAUCGCCCGAUGAGGGCGCCUUGGUGGAAGGCGCAGUGACUCUUGGCUACAAGUUCGUUGCGAGGAAGCCGCGCGCGGUGAUUAUCGAAGUCGAUGGUCGCGAGCUUGAAUAUGAACUCCUAGCCGUUUGCGAAUUCAAUUCCACCAGGAAAAGGAUGUCUACGAUUUUCCGUACUCCUGAGGGCAAGAUUGUCUGUUACACCAAGGGAGCCGACACCGUCAUAUUGGAGAGGCUUGGCAAAGACAACCCUCAUGUGGAAACGACGUUGACGCAUCUUGAAGAGUACGCUUCCGAGGGACUGCGCACGUUGUGUCUUGCGAUGCGAGAGAUCUCAGAGAGCGAGUUCCAGCAAUGGUGGUCGGUCUUCAAUACUGCACAAACAACUGUUAGCGGUAAUCGUGCCGAAGAGUUAGACAAGGCUGCUGAGCUCAUUGAGCAUGACAUGACUCUGCUUGGAGCGACUGCUAUCGAAGACAAACUGCAAGAGGGUGUACCAGACACUAUCGCUACCCUGCAAUCCGCUGGCAUCAAGGUCUGGGUCCUCACUGGAGAUCGCCAAGAAACUGCCAUCAACAUUGGCAUGAGUUGCAAGUUGAUCAGCGAGGACAUGAGUCUACUCAUUGUUAACGAAGAAAAUAAGGAAGAUACGCGAGACAACAUUCGCAAAAAGUACCAAGCAGUUACUAGUCAGAGCCAAGGUGGAGCUGAGAUGGAUGUUCUCGCUCUAGUUAUCGACGGCAAGUCGCUUACCUAUGCCCUUGAGCGUGACCUUGAGAAGGAGUUCUUGGACCUGGCUGUCAGGUGCAAGGCUGUCAUCUGUUGCCGUGUCUCCCCUCUACAGAAAGCCCUUGUCGUCAAGCUUGUCAAACGCCACCUCAAGGCUAUCCUUUUGGCUAUCGGUGACGGCGCAAACGAUGUUUCCAUGAUUCAGGCCGCUCACGUUGGUGUUGGUAUCAGUGGUGUUGAGGGGUUGCAGGCAGCACGUAGCGCAGAUAUCGCGAUUGGCCAAUUCCGCUACUUGCGCAAACUUCUCCUUGUCCACGGCGCCUGGAGUUAUCAGCGUGUCAGCAAGGUUAUCUUGUACUCUUUCUACAAGAACAUUGCCAUGUUCAUGACACAGUUCUGGUACUCUUUCCAGAAUGGGUUCUCGGGUCAGAUUAUCUAUGAGUCGUGGACGCUGACCUUCUACAACGUGUUCUUCACAGCGGCGCCGCCUUUCGUCCUGGGUAUUUUCGAUCAGUUCGUAAGCGCGAGGCUUUUGGACAGGUAUCCGCAGCUCUACCGCCUCAGUCAGUCUGGUGUCUUCUUCCGUAUGCACUCUUUCUGGUCUUGGGUUGGAAAUGGCUUCUACCACUCGCUGAUUUUGUAUUUCGGUGCCCAAGCAUUUAUUCUCUGGGACUGGCCACAAUGGGAUGGCCGAAAUGCAGGCCAUUGGGUUUGGGGAACCGCCGCUUACACUGCUAAUCUGGCGACCGUCCUUCUCAAAGCCUCCCUCAUCACCAACAUCUGGACAAAGUAUACCGUGCUAGCUAUUCCGGGCUCCAUGCUGCUUUGGUUCAUCUUGAUGCCCAUCUACGCUGUCGUAGCCCCCAAGAUCAACAUAUCCAACGAAUAUGUUGGUGUAAUCGAGCGCCUCUUUCCUGACCCACGCUUCUGGGCAAUGGUAUUGGUACUGCCACCACUCUGUCUCAUCAGAGACUUUGCGUGGAAGUACGCGAAGAGAAUGUACUUUCCGCAGAGCUACCAUCACGUUCAAGAGAUUCAGAAGUAUAACAUACAAGAUUACAGGCCACGUAUGGAGCAAUUCCAAAAAGCCAUCCGAAAAGUCCGACAAGUGCAGCGUAUGCGCAAACAGCGUGGGUAUGCGUUUUCACAAACAGACGAAUCACAAGCUCGGGUGCUACAAGCCUAUGAUACCACACAGCAAAGAGGGCGGUUCGGAGAGAUGGCGAGUUCGCGGAAAUAA